AUGCCAGCCAUGCUUGUGAGUUCAAGACGUUCAAGUUCGAAGGGGAUUGCUCUGACUGCUGCGUUGACUGUCGUUGUCGGUGGAAAGACAGCCUUAGCUAAUACAGCCGGCCUUGGCAAAGUUUGCGUCACACUGAAGCGUCGGCAGGCGGGACAGCGGGGUUCGUUGAGGGUGAAUGCAGCCGUGCCUUGCCUCCCGUCAGAAGACGAGUUUAAGAAUUUUGACGUUACGAAACACUGCAAUACCGUUCAAAUCGUGCGAGGGUCAUGUCCGUUUAUAGAGGCUCUAGAGUUCGGUUGGGUUGUCCUUGGAGGGGUUUGGCAGGAGAUGUCCAAGGGAGCUGCCGGACAACAUCAUGAAAGCAACAAGAAGGUUGUACUCGACCUCGCUGCCAAUUUGUAUUCGGAAUGGGCGCCCCCUUAUCCCAGUGAACAGAUAACCCCUGAACAGAUGGCCGAAUGGAAACUCCCUUCUCAAAAUAUGACCUCUCAACUGAUCACUGAAUAUCUCACGAAAAUUCUGUUCGCCGGUGCACCGAAGUGGAAGAUGGCCCCGUCAGUGGAUCGUUGGGCUGCAGUAAAUGCUGAUUGGUUGUCAGAUAUCUGGUCCGACGAUUCUGACGACAACAAGCCAUGGUCGAACGUGCUCCGGGGAACGCUGCUGGGACCCGCCACAGGGGCCUUGGCUGUGGCCGCGGUUGCGGUCUCGGGAGCGAUGACAUUAGCAAGAAACGUCCCCGCCAACGAGGUAACUGAGGUCAUCUUCCGACCGAAGUACAGUGCCGCCAUGUAG